AUGGCGCAAGUUGAGGUUGAUCCCCAUUUCGGGGCAGAGUUAAGGGACGCCUUUAAGCCCGUCAAUGCCUGGGUUUCCAGCGGGAUCGGCUGGCUGGACGAAAUUCAACAAUUCUAUCGAGAACGCGGCGCCCUCGAGAAGGAGUAUGCCUCGAAAUUGACGGCACUAUGUCGAAAAUACCUUGAUCGCAAGUCAAAGAAGUCCAGCAGUUUAAGCGUGGGGGACACCCCGGCGAUGACUCCCGGGUCACUGGAAUCUGCUUCAUUAACAACGUGGACUACACAACUGUCGGCUAUCGAAGCCGAAGCAGCAGAACGAAAUAAGUUCGGCGCAGACCUGGAAUUUCGGAUCGCCGAACCCUUGAAACAAGUCGCGGCCCGGUACGAAGAGCUUCGCAAGCAUCACGUCGAGUGGUCUAGUAAACUGGAGAAGGAACGGGACGCUUCUUAUAGUGAUUUAAAGAAGGUCAAAGGGAAAUACGACGGAGUUUGCCAGGAAGUCGAAAAUCGACGGAAGAAAAUGGAGUCGGCGUUCGACCAUGGCAAAGCAAAAGCUCAAAAUGCCUAUCAACAGCAAGCCGCGGAAAUGAACAACGUGAAGAAUACCUAUCUAAUUGCAAUCAACGUCACUAAUAAACUGAAAGAGAAAUAUUACUACGAAUAUGUCCCGGAACUGCUUGACGGCCUGCAAGACCUCAACGAGACUCGAGUAGCGAAGCUCAAUUCAAUUUGGACACUGGCUGCUCAACUAGAAAAAUCUCUCGUGUCGAAAACGGACGAACAUAUUUCGCAUGUGAUCUCUGAAAUCCCACGCAACAAUCCUAAACUUGAUUCUAUGAUGUUCAGCCGACACAACGUUACCAACUGGCAAGAGCCAAUGGACAUUCAAUUCGAACCGAGCCCUGUGUGGCACGACGAUGCAAGUAUGGUCACCGAUGAAGCUGCAAAGAUAUUCCUUCGGAACCUCCUGAGUAAAAGUAAAAGCCAAAUGAAGGAGAUGAAGGGAGAAGCUGACAAAAAGCGGAGGGAGGUCGAGAAUGCGAAGAACGUGCGCCAAAGUAUUCGGGAUGGCAAAGACAAGCGCGACGAGGUAGAGGUUGUUCGUGCUAUUUUCUCGAUGCAGGAAGAUUUACAUCAACUCGACCGCAAGCGGCUGACAGCCGAAGUGGAAACGUCGACCGUCACUUCAGUUGUAGGGGAUUUAUCAUUUGGGGCCAAAAACCAUAAUUUCAGGCAACAAACUUUCAAAAUCCCGACGAAUUGUGAUCUUUGUGGCGAUCGGAUCUGGGGCCUUUCCGCUAAAGGGUUUGACUGUCGAGAUUGUGGAUAUACGUGCCACAAUAAAUGCGAGAUGAAGGUCGCCCCAGAAUGCCCGGGAGAGCAAACCAAGGAGGAAAAGAAGAAAUUGAAAGCGGAGCGGCAAGAAGCCGCCAACGCAACUCGCCCAUAUGAAGCUUCUACAACGACGACAAGUGCAGCUGAACUGCCUACACUCAGUCGUCGUGAUACGAUGAUUCUCUUAGCUCCGGAUACGCAGCUAGUGCAGCUAGAUCGACAUCUGCUCUUUCAAGUCAGACUACAGACACGGGACCUACGGAGUUGCCCGCCGCAUCGUCCCCGGCGAAGAAGCUGCUACUCUGAGAAGCAUCGAGUCGUGGCUCCUCCGCCUCAGCAAUACGUAAGCUCUCCGCCGCCUGUCACAAAUGGCGGGUCUACUUCGAAAUCCAGCGAGCCCCGCGGGAAAAUGCUCUAUCCGUAUCAAGCCAACGGGGAAGAUGAAAUAAGCGUCGACGAGGGACAAACUGUUCUCGUUGUCGAACCUGACGAUGGCUCAGGCUGGAUCCGUGUUCGUGCGGGACAAUCCACCGGGCUUGUUCCCGCAUCUUAUGUUGACGCGAGCCCACCGUCGGAGCGCGAAGGUCGACCGGAAUCUACAUACUCUGCAUCGAGUGCAUCACUGGCGAACAGCAUCGCCAACAAGCGCCGCGGCCCGGCCGUCGCCCCGAAACGCGGCGCUAAGAAACUCCAGUACGUCAUCGCCUUGUAUGACUACCAAGCGCGUACGGAAGUUGAAUGGAGCAUGGUUGAGGGUGAUAAGUUUGUGCUUAUCAACCGCGACAGCGGAAAUGGAUGGGCGGAUGUAGAGAAGGGCGGCGUGACGAAAUGUGUGCCGGCGAAUUAUAUCGAGGAUGUUGCAUAA